UAAGUUUAGUAUUGCUUGAAAAAUCGUAGAGUAAAGCUGUUUAUUUACGUUUUUUGACGUGAUGAUGGAGUCUCCAAUAGUACAGAUUCAUCAAGGUAAAUUGCGUGGUGCAAUAGAGAAGAAUAUGAAUGGAAAGGAUUUUUAUGCGUUUCGUGGCAUUCCGUAUGCAAAAUCACCUGUCGGAGCAUUGAGAUUUAAGGAUCCAGAGCCUCAGGAACCGUGGUCUGGAGCGAGAGAAGCUACGAAAUUUGGUAAUAUCUGCGCACAAUUUGAUUGGAUUACAAAAAAAGUAUCAGGGAGUGAUGACUGUCUUUUUUUAAAUGUUUAUUCAACAAAUUUGACUCCUGAUACCCCUCGAGCUACUCUCGUUUGGAUUCAUGGUGGUGGUUUCGUUUUUGGAUCUGGAGAUGACGAUCUAUUUGGUCCUGAUUUACUAGUUGAAAAAGAUAUUGUUCUCGUUACGAUAAACUACCGUUUAGGAAUUUUAGGAUUUCUCAAUUUGGAAGAUGAAGCUUGUCCGGGUAAUCAAGGCUUGAAAGACCAGGUGAUGGCUUUAAAAUGGGUGCAACAGAAUAUUGCAAAGUUCGGGGGUGAUCCGAAUAAUGUUACAAUUUUCGGAGAAAGUGCAGGCGCUUCUUCUGUUCAUUUUUUGACAAUCUCUCCACUUGCUCAAGGAUUGUUCCAUAAAGCAAUUUUACAAAGUGGAGUAGCUACAUGUCCAUGGGCGAUUUCAUCAGCAGAUUCAAUGAAGGAAAAGGCCGUUGUAGUAUCAUCAGUGUUGGGAAACGAAAUCACUGACACCAAGAAACUCAUCGAGUAUCUACAAUCCAUCGAUGCGCUGGAGUUGGUCAAAGCAGAACGGUCUUUUGCUUCAUGGAAGAACAGAUUCUUGAUUUGGAACCCUUUCCUACCAUCUAUUGAUUCAAAAUCUAAGAAUCCAUUUCUGGAUAUUCCUUUGGCUGAAGCUGUUAAAUCGGGUAUCAAAGUCCCUCACAUUAUAGGAUACACUAGUCAUGAAGGGAUUAUCGAUCUAGUAGAAUUGGAAAAGGAUAAUUACUCUGAAAUAGAUGCUGAUCCGGAGAAUUCACUUUUACAUCCAAAUGCUAAGAAUUUUUUAAAAGAGUUUAAUAUUUCCGUAACAGACUUGAAAAAAAUUUUUUUGGGUGAUAAAAAAAUUAGUCCCGAAAAUGGCCAAUCACUAGCAAACUUACGCUCAGCAUCCGAUUUUUUGACUGCCAUUCAUCAUGUACUUGAAAUUCAACCUAGAAUUCCCGGAAUACUUACUUAUUUGUACAAGUUCGACCAUUACUCUAAAGAAACUGCUGUUAUACAAAACUUAUUUUCAAGUGACUUGGAAGGGACCAGUCAUGCAGAGGACUUGAUGUAUUUAUUCAACGCAAAAUUAUUAGCAGCGCUUGGAAUAAAAUUACCGAGUUCUUAUCCAACAGAGAGUCUCAUUCAAAAAAUAUUUAUAGAUUUGUGGACUAACUUUGCCAAGACAGGAAAUCCAGUUACUGAAACAUCAGAUUUGAUAUCUGUCAAAUGGCAACCUGUUGACGAUUCAAAAGAGUACAACUGCUUAAAAAUCAGUAAAGAACUCAGUAUGAUAAAAGAGACUAACAUUUUGCGACAAAUAGUAGAAACUAUUCAACAAAAUGAAUCUACUUAUUUAUAAGUAUAGUUUACAAUAAACAAUGAGCAUAUU